UCGCCCCCCUUCGUUUUCCUUCGCGGUCUUCGUCAACAUAUGUUGGAUUUAUCCUGCUUUAGACUAUGCUCCUAUGUGUUUCCCUAUUCCGAUGCUUCAGCUUCACCAACCCUCCGAUUCUCGUCAGCAAAACCCUAAAUCCGCUCUUAUCCCCUUAUCCGCAGGCUCUUUCUUGGUUGGACUCGAUUGGAACUCUUGCUUGCUUGGGCUUGAUGAAGAAAAAGAAUCAUGCAGUGGUGUCCGUAACUAUGAAGAAGAUCAUUAGGUUUGCCUUGAAGAAUCAGUAGCUGCAUUUGGAGGAAGAUGACCUUUCUGAAGUAGACCAAAUGUUCUCUCACAGAUGCCAGCAAAAUAGAUGGAUAUUUGGGCUGUGAAUACUCCAUGUUACUGAGAUGAUGGAUGUUUUGGUAUAGGCACUUCAUAUUUGAUCAGAAAGCUGAUGAUGGUGGAUCCUUUGCUGGUGGACUUGAUCUAUUUUGAACUCUUUCUUGGUUGCAGGAAGAUGGUUUUUCCGUUUCUUUUUUGAAGCGGACGAAGUGUUCUCUUAUAGUUACAGAUGCUAGCAAACAGAUAGAUAUUAGGCUGUGGAUACUCAAUAUUAAUGAGAUGAUGGAUAUUUUGGCACGCACACUUUAUACUUGACUAGAAAGCUGGAAUUGGGGUCAUCAUGGAUAAGAAUAGUUCAAGAGAAAAAGAACUUGUUUUUGAUUUAGAGGGCGGUGAGAAUUCCGUGAUAAGAGAACUGGAAGGAUCAAAAGAUACAUGGUGUAGUGCCGGACAGGACAAUGGAAUGUUGAGUAGGGUAUGGAGUAGCUUCAUCAAUAUUGAUGGGCCGAUAAAAGGAGAAAGAGUAGUAAGGUUGGGGGAUAGUGCAUCUAGCUCUGUGGAGCUUCCUCUCAUAGAUGGGGAAGCCUUGGGGGAUAGGAGUGUUGGACUAGAGGCAAAAAUGGGCCUCUUGGAGAAGAAGGUUGGACUUGAGACAACAAAAAAGAAGGGGUGCAAGAAGCCACCAAAACCACCUCGGCCACCCAACUCUCCGCCUUUGGAUGCGACCAACCAGAAGUUGAUGAAGGAGAUCUCAGAAAUUGCAAUGAUGAAGCGAGCUAGGAUCGAGCGGAUGAAGAAAAAGGUGAAGGAUGCCAAUUCUGCGCGUAUUAACGGCAACUUGUGGGCCUUGAUUAUCACCAUUCUUUUCAUCCUUGUUAUAAUGUGGCAAGGAGUUCUUCCUAGCGGCAGCUCCAGUGGCAGAUCCAAUGGUCACCCCGUAUCCUCCGUAGAAACAAGGAGCGGGUUGAUUUCUAUUCACUUCUACAAGAAUGCAUCAGGAAAUACUCCUAAGGCAUCCACCUCCAUGUCUCCCAACGAUGUCGAACCAGCGUCCGGGUAUGAUGAGCACAACAAAGCAACGAGGAAUUGAUCUGGAACCUUUAGAGAGCGAAACCAUGCAAAUCCUUCGAUGGGAUGAGCUCGAUCGAUCAUGUGUGCAGAGACCAACAGCUGAAUGGUACGUCUCUUCCAAUCUGCUCAUGUAUAUAUGAACAUAGAUAGUAUUCCUGUACAUGACCCUUUGUGUUACGCCAUCACGACUCCUAGUCUUUUGUCACACGGUUAACUGUGCCCGAGCCGUGUCCUUUACGUCACCUACUCACGAAACAUCGAUCGUCAUGUCACCUCAUGCAAUCAAUCCCCUUAGAACUUAAAUGGAGAAGGAAAGCAUAUUACUA